UCUUCUUUCUUCCUUAGCUAUUGUGAAGUUCGAACUGUAGCAUCUGCUGAUAUUUAUCCAUCAAUUGCGGUUAACAUUUGCGGACUUUACUUUCAAAACUUAACUUUCAUUUCCUUUCCUUUUCCUUUCGAAUUAUUAAUCCUAAAACAAAUUCAAUUCCUUAUUUCAGAAGCCUUAAAUCAGGCAGAAAAUCACGAAGCGGCAAGUCACAAUCUCCACGCCGUGCAGGUGCUGCGGCUGAUGAACCUUUAACUAAAAUGCGCAGAACUUCAAUGUCACGCACUAGAGCAACUCAAAAACUUCCACCCUUGCCACAAACCGCAAAGCGCUCUUUUACUGGAAAUCGUUCUAUGCCGACUCCAAGCAAGUCUAUGGAGCAGAAACUGCCACCAACAGGCAUUACCAAGUACUCUCUCGAUAAUAGCCUUUUUAAAAAAAAUUUUCUUAUCAGGCAAACUAAAAAGACUCAAGAACGCCCUCCACGUCGUUCUCAACCAACUACUGUUCAAAAAGCACCCGGCAUUAAAACAACGCCAAUCGGGGCACGACCUCCUUCAUCUAAAGGAUCCAUUACUCCUGUCAAAGUGCAGAAGCCUCCUUCCAUGUCUGGUGCUUUACCAGUCAUAGGAGCUGCUGUAGGUGCUGCUGGUGUUGCAGCAGUGGCCGCUACUAUUGUAAAUGAUGAUGAGCGUAAGGAGGAGGAUAAUAGAGAAAAUGUGGCCCCUUCUCCUUCAAUUUCCUUAGCCGCCUCACAAACUACUACAACCGAUGGGCAACCAGCAGGUGAUUCUGAAUGGGAGGGAGAUCAAGUCGAAGCUCCGGCAGAGGUUGUAAAUGAAGAAGAAGCUAGGCCAACACCUGGGCCCUUUGAAGGAGAGACAGAAGUAACAGAAAACCACGUGGAAGGAAGUGAAGGACAACUAACUGCUCGAACUGAAGUUAAGUCUGCUGCUAAGGAAGAGUUAAUGGAAAGGCAGGAUGAGGUGAUGGAAGAAAAUGAAAACGAAGAGAAAAUGAAAACUGAGGAAGAAAUUAAAAGAGAAGUGAUAUCGCCUGAUGGAACAGAAGCAGUGGGUUCUGAGAUGGAGGAGGCUGAAUCUAAAAAUAUUUCUUCAUCGCCUGGAAAAGAAGGAAUGGAGGAAUCAGAAGAAAUUCCACAAGAGCCAACUCAAGCAUGUUCUCUUCAACAACACUAUGAGCGUGUCAAAAGAGAAGCUGAAAUAAAGGCAGAAGAAAAAGAAGAGGAAGAGGUAUUUGAACAGCCUAUCCAAAAGGAAGAAAUAUAUGAGGAUAAGGAGAAUAAAGGAUUAAUCAGUCCUAAAGAAGAAAUUGUUAGCACACAAUCUCCCGAAAAUAUAAUAAUGAAUGGAGGGCAUUAUGGGCAUAAUGAAGAGGUUGAAGGAAGUGAACGCUCUGUGGAAAUUAAAGAAGAGAGUUUAAAGGAAGCUGAACCAAUGAGUGAUGAAGAAAAGAGAGUGACUGAUUCUCGUACAAAAAAGUGA